AAAGUGUGCCCAUUUUGCAAGAAACCCAAUCACAAAUUGUUUAGAUGCCGAGAUUUUCUCUCUCAAACUGCCUCGAAAAGACUAGAGAUCACCCAAUCCCUCAAAAUGUGCCAGAAUUGCCUAUCUGACACACAUGCUACAACCGAUUGUUCGUACUCAUUAUGCAAACAGUGCAAUCAAAAGCACAAUACCCUGUUGCAUGAAGCAUUUGGUUCCCCCUUACCUUCUGGUUCGCAAUCCACGGGAGUAGACAGCUCCACAGGAACAGUUUGUUGUGCCAAUGUUAUGGGAGACAGCUCGUUACACGUUUUAUUAGCCACUGCUCAAGUCAAGCUGCUGGAUGAUGACAACAACGAGCACUCCUGUCGUGUUCUACUUGAUGCUGGCUCACAGUUCAAUUUCAUCACGACCCAUUGGGUGCAGAGGCUUCGACUCAAGAUGAAUCCCGCGGAGUUCAUCAUCAAAGGCAUAGGGUCAGUGACUCAGAUUUCCAAGCACAGGACUGAUGUCAGGCUUCGGUUGAACCAAGAUGUCUCAGAAAUUGGUUGUGCGGUUGUCAAGAAAAUCACAGGGAAUCUGCCCAAUUGUUUCAUAGAUCGAGAGUCGUUCACAAUCCCUGAUUCAAUCCAAUUGGCUGAUCCAGACUGGCAUCGCAAUCAGCCAGUUGACAUGCUCAUUGGAGGAGAAUUCUUCUGGCAUUUCCUCAAAGACCAAACCAUCACUCUUGGCCCCAAUGCUCCACUCUUGAAAGAUAGCGUGUUCGGAUGGCUGGUCGUAGGACCACAUUUCAACAAACCAACUGUGAAUUCCAAGUCCAUAGGGCAGUGCAAUGUGGCUACAUCAAUGGCUAGUAUGGAGGCCACCAUGCAGAAGUUCUGGAAGGUUGAGGAAGUACCGAAGCGCCAGGAGAAAAUCAGUGAGCAAGAUGAGGCUGAGAAGAUCUUCCAAUCUACCACUACACGUACAGAAGAUGGUCGAUACAUGGUUACCUUGCCAUUCACAGAAGAAAUCAAAGAAUUGGGGAACAAUAGAAGUUCGGCUACUCACCAGUUUCUGCAAUUGGAGCGACGAUUGGACAGGAAUAGUGAUCUCAAGGCAGAAUACACAAAGGUCAUCCACGAGUACCUCAGCUUGAACAUCAUCGAGGAGGUUCCAGCUUGUGAGUUAGACCGGCCAUCUUAUUAUCUACCUCACCAUGCGGUAGUCAAAUUGCAUGCAAUCAGCACGAAGCUCCGAAUAGUUUUCAAUGGGAGUGCAAUCUCUCAAACAGGACGUAGUCUCAAUCACUGUCUCCGGAUAGGUCCCGUGGUUCAGCCUCCUCUAGUUGAGAUACUAUGGAGAUUCAGAAUUCAUCAAUUCGCUCUCACAUGUGAUGUUGUCAAGAUGUAUCUUCAAAUACUCAUGUGUCCAGAACAUCGAGACUACGUACGAUUCAUGUGGAGAGACCACAAGACAGGCGACAUCCGACACUUUCGCUUCCGCACAGUUUGUUUUGGGCUUGCCUCUUCGCCAUUCUUAGCGACGCGAACACUCAUCCAGCUCGCAGAGGAGGAGGGACAUCUGUUUCCACUCGCAGCCAAGGCAAUCCGGGAGUGCUUUUAUGUCGACGACUGCCUUGUGUCAUUACCAAGUAUAUCUGAUCUCAUUUUGUUGAGAGAAGAACUCAUUCAGCUCCUAGGCAGAGCACAGUUUCAGUUGGCCAAGUUCAAGUCAAACUGCCCAUCGGAAACAGACGACAAUGGAGAUAGUCAGUCACAUGACCUUGCCGAUGACACCGUGAAGACUUUGGGAUUGAUUUGGAAUAGCACUUCAGACACUUUCCAAUUCAACUUGUCGGAUAGCAUUCCCACGGAGAAUGUCACCAAGAGGCAGAUGUUGUCAGCCAUCGCAAAGAUCUACGAUCCUAUCGGACUGAUAGGGCCUAUCAUCUCACAUGCCAAGCUCAUGAUGCAGGAGGUAUGGCUUCUGAAAGUAGAUUGGGAUACUCCAGUACCAAGCGACUUACAGCAUAAAUGGUCAACAUUCAUCAAGGACCUACCUUCCAUUGAGUCACUACGAAUCCCCAGGUGGAUUUCCAGCAUUGCUUCCCCUACACAUGUGGAAUUGCAUGCAUUCGCUGACGCCAGCUCCGUAGCGUACGGAGCCGUCAUCUUUUAUGUAUCCGAGGAUGCUAAUGGACACAAGUCAUCCAGGCUCCUCACCUCAAAAUCCAAAGUUGUGCCAUUGAAGGACAAGGAGACCGAGGAUCCUGCCAUCACCAUUCCCAAGGCAGAAUUAUGUGCAGCCAAGAUGGCAGCGGAGUUGAUGUCGAGUGUCUCUGAAGCGUUGGGUGUUACUCAAUGUUUCUAUUGGACGGAUGCAGCAGUGGUUCUGUACCAAAUUCACACACCGUCGGAGAAAAGAGAGAUAUUCGUCAGAAACAGAGUCCGGGACAUUCUGAAGUUGACAAAAGCAGAGGAAUGGCGCCAUGUCGCAUCAGCUGACAACCCCGCAGACCCGCUUUCACGAGGAUGUUUGGCUUCCCAGGCUGUCACAAACACUUUAUGGUGGUCAGGGCCCGAAUGGCUCGUACAGGGUAGUGAUCAUUGGCCAGCAGCAUUCGAUCCCAAAACUUUCUCAAUGGGGAGGAAGCCUGCCGUUGCGUUGACCUCCACAAAUGCAAUGUCACCAGCGCACGACACCAAUGAUUCUCUCCACUCAAUCCUUCACAUGCGCAUCAGCACAUUUACUCGUAUGCAGCGGGUAUUGGCUUGGGUUAUCCGGGCUAAAAACAUUUUCAAAGUGCGUAAGGGCAGAGUCACUCGAAGCACGCAAGAAAACAUGAUUACAGGACCACUUACGGUAGAUGAAUUACAGCAAGCGGAAACUUUUCUCGUCAAACGGGAACAAGAGCAACAUUUCGCCGCAAUUCUGACAGCUGUGAGGAACGGCAGCCUGGAUCAUACUUCACACUUCAAAUUUAUUCGGCGAUUGCGUCCAUUCAUCGACAGUGAAGGCAUUUUACGUGUAGGAGGUCGUUUGAGCAAUUCUUGUGAAUCUUAUGAUGUGCAGCACCCGAUAAUCUUGCCCAAAGGUCGGUUGUCAUUGCUUAUUGCUCGCCACUUUCACCUUACUAUGCUUCACGCCGGACCGCAAGCACUGUUAUCGUCUCUCAGGCAGCGAUUUUGGCCGAUAGAUGGCCGAAGGUUGACAAGACAUGUUGUUUACCAUUGUGUCAGGUGUUUCAAAGUUAAGCCUCGCGUUCAGGAACAACUUAUGGGCGAUUUGCCUGAGCAUAGAGCAUCAAAAUUAGCUGCAUUCACCGCUACAGGCAUGGACUUUGCGGGGCCAGUGCUCCUGAAGACGGGAAUUCGCAAGGGCACAACCACCAAAGCAUACAUUCUGGUGUUAGUGUGUAUGUCAACAAAGGCGAUACACCUUGAAUUGGUGAGUUCUUUGACCACAAAUGCAUUCAUCGCCGCGCUCCGUCGAUUCACUAGCAGACGUGGAGCACCAAAGUACAUUUAUUCGGACAAUGCCAAGACAUUCGUCGGGGCAGACAGAGAAUUGAAGGAAUUACUCGCUUCAACGGAGUACACCGACGAUGUUGGAAAUUUCAUGUCCGGAAAAGGAAUCCAGUGGCGUUUUCAGCCUCCAAGAGCGCCACACCAUGGAGGUUUAUGGGAGGCGGGAGUCAAGUCCUGCAAGUAUCAUCUCAAAAGGAUCGUGGGAGCGACGCCGUUGAAUUUUGAGGAGAUGACUACCGUACUGACGCAAAUCGAGAGUGUUCUGAACAGUCGGCCGUUAGUUCAGCUGCCCACAAGUUCCGAUAUGCCCGAUCUAACUUAUCUCACGCCGGGGCAUUUUUUGGGCUUAGAAGGAGCGGCCCAGCUGCCAGAUCCCACGCUUGAGCAUCUGUCGAGCAACAGAGUGAGCAGAUGGCAAUUGUGUCAGAAAUUGCAGCAGGAUUUUUCGAAGAGAUGGAAGGAGGAGUACCUGACAACUUUGCAAGUCAGGACGAAAUGGAGUAAGGAAUGUGUCAAUCUACAGGUUGAAGAUGUAGUGUUGUUGUACGCCGAUCAUCUGCCAUCUCCAGGUUGGCUGCUGGGAGUAGUCAUGGAAAUAUUCCCAGGAAAGGAUAAUCGUGUACGGGUGGUCCUGGUGAGGACAUCGAAAGGGACAUUCAAGAGGCCGAUUACAAAGGUUGUCAAAUUGCCCAUUGAAGAUGAGCAAUUUCCCGCGGAGGAUGUCGCCGCUUAGGCUCCAAAGAGGGAUCAUCGCGAUCACAAAUGAUGCGCGUGCAACCAAAACCGCAAGAGCGGAAUUCGUAUCACAAAAUUUUGGCAAUGCACAAGAAAAAAUCACUAUUAGAGAGUCAGUCUUUGGCAAUCAAUUAUCACAGUCGGUUGAGUUUAUCACAGAAAAUUAUUUGGCAAUUAUUUGGACUUUGGGGAGAAUAAAUUAUUGGUGACGGGAGAAUUAAAUAAGUUAAUGUACAAUUGAAAUAAAAUUGAAUUUGAAUAAAUUAAUUAUGUACAAUUGAGUUAGAAUAAAUAGUAUUUACAAG